CAACACUAUAUAACAUUCUUGAACAAAGAAAAUGAUCUACCCUUCAAACAUUAACCCUGAUUUCACAGAUUUCGGUGAAACUUUCAAAUUCGAUGAUUAUGAUGAUGACGCUUUUCAGAUGAUCAUGGAAGGAAUCAGCCUCGGGGAUCACUCGCCCACUUUGAGUUGGACUUCAUCAGAGAAAUUACUGGCUACAGAAGUCACAAGCCCGUUUCAAACAAGCCUAGCUACCUCGCCUAUUAGCUUUGAAAUAGGGGACAAAGAUGAGAAAAAGAAGAGGAAAAGACACAAAGAUGAUCAGGUUAUUCACGUGUUUAAAACGAAAUCAGUUAAAGAAAUUGCUUUAGAUGACGGAUACAAAUGGAGGAAGUACGGCAAGAAACCAAUAAGGGGUAAUCCAUUUCCGAGGCAUUAUCACAAGUGUUCGAACCCCAAUUGCAUCGUGAAGAAGAAGAUCGAGAGAGAUACGAGCAAUCCGGAAUAUGUAUUGACAACCUAUGAAGGGAGACAUAACCACCCAAGCCCGUCUGUGGUAUAUUGCGAUUCAGACGACUUUGAUCUUACCUCUCUCAACACUUUGUCUUUCCAGACACGUACUUAUAGUUAUUCACAUUCCGCUCCAUGACCAUACUUACAAGUUUGUGUAUAUAGAUGUGUAUAUAGAAUAUAUCAUCAUCGUAAUGUAUCCGCAUAUGCAUUGUUGUGUCGGUUUUGUAAUGUACUUAAUUGGGGUGGUG